CCUAAAAAUAAAAAAAUAAAAACUUUUAUCUAAUUAAAAAAGGUUUGAUUGAAAUCCAAGAUAGUAUUAGGAAAAGAAGAAAUGGCAGCAAUGAACUCAAGUGUAUUGGCUUGCAGCUAUGCUAUAUCAGGCAUGAGUUCAUCUGAACUCACAUCAAAACAUACUGUUACUACUAUGUCUUCCCCUUCACUUCAAAAAUUGCCACUCAUCAUUAAGGCUCAACAACAAUCCAGUUCCAACAUAUCUGCUGGAAGAAGAGUUGCUCUGCUUGGCCUUGCUGCUGCACUUUUCACAUCUGCCUCUUCUGCUAAUGCUGGUGUUAUCGACGAAUAUCUUGAGAAAAGCCAAGCCAACAAGGAAUUGAAUGACAAGAAGAGGUUGGCUACAAGUGGUGCGAAUUUCGCAAGGGCGUAUACUGUUCAGUUUGGAACCUGCAAGUUCCCUGAGAACUUUACAGGAUGCCAAGACCUUGCAAAACAAAAGAAAGUGCCAUUUAUAAGUGACGAUUUGGCGUUGGAGUGUGAAGGCAAGGACAAAUACAAGUGUGGUUCAAAUGUGUUCUGGAAAUGGUGAAGCUUAGCUUGAAGAAAUGUAUUAAUCGUUUCCCAAAAUGUAUCUAUUGUGACAAUGAGAAGUAAUUUACCAUCCAUUUUCUUUUUAAUUAAUUCAUCUUCAUUAA